UUCCGGUUUCUCUCAAAUCAUGUUUCAUUGUACGGCGUACAUUGUUGAGAUGAGCUCGACUGUUGCUCGGUAGUUCGGCGCGCGUCAGAUCCGCAGUUUCCGCGCACACACGUUCGGUGCUGCUCGCGGGACCGAGUCCGGUGAUCCAGUGAAGCCCCGGGAUCUUUAGCGGCCCGGGUCCGCAGUGUUGCUGAGAUUCUCCGUCCGUUGGUUCGCAGCGCGUCGAGCUCGGUAAGCUGCGUUGACGUCGCGUCGCUUCUGCCCGGUAUGAACGGGUUCAGCACGGAGGAGGACAGCCACGACGGGCCGCCCGCGCCGCCGUUCUUCGGGCAGAGCUGCUGUCUGAUCGAGGACGGGGAGCGGUGCGGGCGUCCGGCGGGCAACGCGUCCUUCAGCAAGCGCAUCCAGAAGAGCAUCUCGCAGAGGAAACUCAAGCUGGACAUCGACAAGAGCGUUCGGCAUUUGUACAUCUGUGACUUCCACAAGAACUUCAUCCAGAGCGUUCGCAACAAACGCAAGAGGAAGACCAGCGACGACGGCGGAGAGUCACCUGAUCAUGAUGUCGAAGUCCCCGAGGUGGAUCUGUUCCAGCUGCAGGUCAACACACUGAGACGCUACAAGAGGCACUACAAAAUCCAGACCAGACCUGGACUCAACAAAGCCCAGCUAGCAGAGACUGUGAGCCGUCACUUCCGGAAUAUUCCAGUCAACGAGAAGGAAACGCUCACAUACUUUAUUUAUAUGGUGAAGAGCAGUAAAAGCCGGCUGGACCAGAAGUCAGAAGGAAGCAAACAAGUGGAAUAAGAUCUCGGAUACACACGCGUGUCUCGACUCAUGUUAGCUGGCUUUACAUCCCUGUUUGAAUGCUUUCUGUGCAGACGCUGUGUUUUCUGUACGUAUGUCCAACAUCAGGUGACAUUAUGGGAGUCACUGCAAAUAAGUGCAGAAUGAUGAUGAUGGAGGGUAACCGCUUCAACUUCUGUGCCAAACACCAAUAAAACCACCGCUGUUUGAGUGACGAACAUCACAGAGAGGACCUGAAUGAAACCACGAGAGACACUGAAUGACUGCUAAUGCCAAAACUCCCAGAAGAGCCGGUUUCCUUCAUACUGCCGUAGAGGGUUUUGUUUCUGUUCUUUUGCUUUCAGCUCCGUGUCUCUGCUUUUAUAUGACUGCUGUAUAUCUGCUCUUUAUUGCAUUUUUUGUAGAUUGUAAUGUUAGUUUUCUUCCUUUCUUUGUUUGAAAUAAUCAGAGUAAAUACAGUUCUUGUGGCACUA